AUAUACCCUAAUACAUCUUUCCAUGAAGUUCUCAUCCAAUCCUCAUUUUACAGUUCUCAAGCUAUUACCUGGUUUAUCAAAUGGCUCCUCUGCCAGCACAAAACACCUUUCCAAUCCUUUUCCUCCUCUUUACAAUAUUUGCAUUAUCCAAAGCUGAACUUCAUGCCCAUUACUAUGACCAAACAUGUCCACAAUUGGACAAAAUCAUUUCAGAGACGGUUCUAACUGCUUCUAUCCAUGAUCCAAAAGUCCCAGCCCGUAUUUUGAGGAUGUUCUUCCAUGACUGUUUCAUAAGGGGAUGUGAUGCAUCAGUGUUGCUGGACUCAACUGCCACUAACCAAGCAGAGAAAGACGGCCCUCCUAAUAUCUCAGUUCGAUCAUUCUAUGUGAUUGAUGAAGCUAAAGCAAAGCUUGAAUUGGCUUGCCCAGGCGUUGUUUCUUGUGCUGAUAUACUUGCUCUUUUAGCAAGAGAUGUGGUUGCCAUGUCUGGAGGUCCAUAUUGGAAAGUACUAAAAGGACGGAAAGAUGGAAGGGUAUCAAAGGCAUCUGAUACCGCCAACUUACCGGCCCCAACCUUGAAUGUAGGCCAACUCAUUCAGAGCUUUGCUAAGAGAGGGUUGGGAGUUAAAGAUAUGGUGACUUUAUCUGGAGGACACACUCUGGGUUUCUCACAUUGUUCUUCCUUUGAGGCUCGUCUACAUAAUUUCAGUUCUGUUCAUGACACUGACCCACGAUUGAACACUGAAUUUGCACUAGACCUAAAAAAUAAGUGUCCAAAACCAAACAACAAUCAAAACGCAGGACAGUUCCUGGACUCAACAGCAUCAGUGUUUGAUAAUGACUAUUACAAACAACUGCUGGCUGGAAAAGGUGUGUUUUCUUCCGACCAGUCACUUGUUGGUGAUUACAGAACUAGAUGGAUUGUUGAAGCAUUUGCAAGAGACCAGAGUUUGUUUUUCAAAGAGUUUGCAGCUUCAAUGUUGAAACUCGGAAAUCUAAGAGGCUCCGAUAAUGGAGAAGUGAGACUUAAUUGCAGGGUUGUGAAUUGAGAAACAUUAGAGACAAAUUUGCCGUGAGUGUUUUUUGUCUUUGCACCACUACAAUUAUAUACGAUAUUAUCAUAAUGAUCUUGUUACCACUCAUGUUGAAAUAAAUGUAAUUAUGCUUGUAUACCUCAUAUCAAGAAUGGUAAAUGAACAUUGUUCAUUUGUGCACAAUAGCAUGAGGUGUUCUAAUAUUGUUUUCCGAAUAUUAAAUCGACAUCAAAUUAGUUUUGCUUCUUUCAUUUUUUUAUCAAGGGUUAAGAACUUGUAAUUCAGCUUUCUAUUCCAUGUUGACGGCCUUCGGGCCACUUUAAUUCUAUGAAUGAUUACGUGUGUACAAA